AUGUCUAAUCGCAAUUUUCGUCAAAUUUACUUCUACGAGUUCAAACUGGACCGAACCGCCGCUCAAACCGCUCGAAAUAUCAACGAAGUAUGGGGCCGGGGAAGUAUCAACAAAUGCACAGUACAAUGUUGGUUCCAAAAGUUUCGUGCCGGCAACAUCAGCCUCGAAGGCGAACACUUCGAAGACGACUUAUUGAAGGCGACAGUCGAAACUGAUCCACGCAAUGAUCUUCAAGAUAACAGGCGACGAUCUGCCCUGUGGCUGGACCAAAAAGAAGCUCCACGACAUCACCCAAAGCCGAAAACUCAUCAAAAGAAGAUUAUGGUUACGGUUUAG